CUGGAGAGAAUCCUGAAGCAGUUUACCCUGAUGGACGUUAUGCAUACUCUGUAGAAUAUGAUUUAACUACAGGCAAUAGUCGUAUUCUUAGUUUAAGAACAAAUACUUUUUGUUCUGCUGGGUCUUUCUUUGAAAAUGGUACACUAAUCGAAUCUGGCGGUUCCGAAGAAGAA